AAAGGAGAGCGAAAUCGAAAUCUCUUCCCUCUUCUCUCUCUCCUCUCUUUCUUUCUCUCUCUUCCCAAAAACCGCAAGCCCACCAUCUUCGCAUGUUAUCGGAGCUCCGGCUCCCUUAACGGAGCCCCAGCUCGUUCGCGCCCCCUCUCCGCCACUAUACCUAAACUCUCCCACCAUUGCCACUCUCUCUCCCCCUCACAGAUUCCCUAAAUCCCUAUUCUCCUGCUCCCCUCCUUGAUUCGAUCCCAUUUCCCCCUCCCUCUUCCCACCCGUUAGAUCUCGACCCACCCGCCUGAAGGAUGUCCAAAGCCUGGGGUAACAUCGGGGCCUGGGCCGCCGAGGCCGAGCGCGCCGAGGAGGAGGAGCGUGAGGCCGCCGCCGCAGCAGCCGCCUCCGUCUCCUCCCAGAACUUCCCCAGCCUCAAGGAGGCUUCCAGCGCGAAGCCCAAGAAGAAGAAGAUGACCCUGAACGAGUUCCACACCGCUGGGAGCCAGGGCUUUACCCGCGAUGAGAUGCUUCGCCUCCCUACCGGCCCCAAGGAGCGGCCCGCCGAGGAGAUGCAGUAUGGACGGCUUGGUGGUGGGUUCUCCAACUAUGGGCGGUCCGGGUCGCUCCAGAACCGCCGGGAAGAUGGUGAUAGUUCGUGGGGCGGUGGUCGGAGACCCUAUGGUGGUGGAUUUGACGAGGAUCGUCGCGGCGGUCCGCCUUCUAGGGUUUCGGAUUUGGAUCAGCCGUCGCGUGCUGAUGAGGUUGAUAAUUGGGCAAUGGGGAAGAAAUCUCUUCCCUCUGUGGAUUCGUCGGGGCAGAAUCGGUACAAUUCUCUCGGAAGCGGAGCGUCUCGAGCUGAUGAGAUUGAUAAUUGGGCUAUGGGGAAGCGGCGGCAGCAACCUCCUCCUCCUUCGAGAUCCAACACCUUCAGCUCGGGCUUUCCCUCUUCGGGACCUGAACCUGAUCGGUGGGCUCGAGGCUUGCCGCAGGAUGAACGUCCCAGAUUGGUCCUGGAUCCACCGAGACGGGAUCCCGUUGUCAAUGAGCCGGUGAAAACAAAUCGGCCUAGCCCCUUUGGGGCCGCUAGGCCGAGAGAGGAGAUUUUGGCUGAGAAGGGUUUGGACUGGAAGAAGUUGGAGUCGGAACUGGAAGCUAAGAAGACCAGCAGGCCAACCAGCUCGCAUUCGAGCAGGCCCUCGAGUGCGCAAUCGAGUCGGUCAGAGAGUCAGGGAACGAAUAAUGUGGUGAAGCCAAGGCCUAAAGUUAACCCAUUUGGGGAUGCAAAGCCCAGGGAGGUGCUGUUGGAAGAGAAAGGUUUGGAUUGGAGGAAGAUUGAUCUUAAGCUGGAGCAUCGCCGAGUGGAAAGGCCAGAGACGGAACAGGAAAAGGCUUUGAAGGAAGAACUAGACCUGCUGAAGAGGGAGCUGGAUAAGACACCUGAAAUGAAUAAGAAUAGCGAGUCUGCUCAAGGACCUGAUGCAGAUCAAUCCAACUUGAGUGACAGAAUAUCCCAGAAAGAAAGGGAAUUGGAAAUGCUGAUUCGCGAUUUGGAUGAUAAAAUUAGGUUCAGGCCAAAAGCACCUGAGAGGCCUGGUUCAGGGUCAGGCAGGAGCACUGGAUAUUCAGAUAGACCACCAUCUAGGUCAGGAUCGAUUGACGAGUCCCGGGGCAUGGACUAUAAUGGUCGCCCUUCUUCACGAGGCACCGGAGAUGCGUGGGCAAGGCCUGCUGGUGACAGAAGAGCAUUUCAAGGUGGAAGGGAUAGAGGAUUCUUUGGCAGCAGAGACUAUGAUAGGUCAAGUUUGAGGGAAAGAUGGUGAACUAGGACAUUGUUGGGUUCGUCAGAGUUGCCUUCUCUCCUAUGCGGGUGACAUUAGAAGCAGACACAAUUUUGCUUGUCUCUAUUUUGAUGUGUUCCCGUUCCUUUUUUUUUUUUUCCCUCUGCUUGGUUUUGCUCUAGGGAUUUUAGAGCAGGAUUUCAUUUGACUCGGUGAAAAGAUUCUUUUGCGUUGAUCAACAUUUUGGUUGGUGACUGUAUAAUCGCAAACUUGUGCUUUCAAUUUGUUCGGCUGUUCCUGACAGAACCCUGUAUUAUUCUUGGGACCUGCAAGUUGUCAAUGAACCCCGUUGGCCUCAUU